AUGGCGGCAAUAGAGGAUCAAAUUCCCCAUCAUCCAAGAUUAUUCCAACUACUGGCCCAUUGGUUUGCUAGUACAGCAACAACGGGUACUCAAACCAAAGACACGAUCGAAAACCUCGAAACGGAGACCUUGACGAACGGAGAUGAUGAAACUCCGGCGAAACGCCGGCAAGGCUGUGAACUAGCGGAAACACAUUUACAUGGCUUUGGGACUGAUUUUAGGAGUUUAAUGGAGAAGCCACAACUGCUGUGUUUUGCUAGAUCUGCUGCUGCAUUUUCUGCCAUGUUUGGAGAUACAUUUUGGCUGAGUUUUAAUGGAGUUCGAACAACAAUUUUGCGGCUGUUUCACGUUGCAACGCAGCUGAUUUUUGAGGCCGUUUUUUAUUGCAGUUUUGGGCUGGGUUUUAGCUCCUUUUAUGGGCAGAUUUUUGAGGUUGUUUUAAAACAUGCCUUUGCUACUGCAGCUAUUGCUCCUUUUGCUCUUGUUCUUGAAAGAAAACUCAGACCAAAGAUGACUUUCAUGAUGUUCUUGCAAAUUUUUGUAUUGGGCCUUCUAGGGCCAGUGAUUGAUCAAAACUUCUACUAUAUGGGACUUAAGUUUACAUCCCCAACAUUCUCAUGUGCCAUGAGCAACAUGCUUCCUGCAAUGACAUUUGUCAUGGCUGUCCUCUGCAGAAUGGAGAAGGUGCAUAUAAAGAAGUUGAGAUGCCAAGCAAAGGUUGUGGGUACUAUAGUGACAGUGGCUGGAGCCAUGUUGAUGACAUUGUACAAAGGACAUGUUAUUAAUUUGGUUUGGUCAAAUAAUAUCCAUACAAAUACUUCUAAUGUUCCUGAACCCAAUGAAGCUACUGAUAAAGAUUGGCUUAAAGGUUCAAUCCUUCUAAUUCUUGCCACUUUUGCAUGGGCUUCUUUCUUUAUACUUCAGAAUGUUACAAUGAGGAAGUACACUGCUCCACUUUCUCUAACUGCACUUGUUUGCUUCAUGGGAACUUUGCAAUCAAUUGCUGUCACCUUAGUGAUGGAACAUAAAACUUCUGCUUGGGCCAUUGGUUUUGACAUGAACCUUCUUGCUGCUGCCUAUGCUGGUAUUGUAUCAUCAAGUCUUGCAUACUAUGUUCAAGGUCUUGUAAUGGAGAAAAGAGGACCUGUUUUUGUGACUGCUUUCAGUCCAUUGAUGAUGAUCAUUGUUGCUAUUAUGGGCUCUUUCAUUCUUGCUGAAAAAAUAUAUCUUGGAGGUGUGCUAGGAGCAGUGCUAAUUGUGGCUGGACUAUACUCAGUUUUAUGGGGAAAAUACAAGGAAUAUAAGGAGAAAGAAAUUGAGGCUGCAAUUCCUGAACCAGUGAAAGUAGUUACAGAGAACAACCAAAUGAUGAUUUUAGAAGAUAGAGAAGUAAAUGACAUAGAAAUGCAAAGUACUGCAGUAGCCAUUAGUGUUUCAAUGUCACAGCCUCCAAUGUUGGCUAAAGAAGCACCAAAAGCUUGAGUUAUGAAAAAAAGAAAGAGGAAAAAAAACACAAUAAAACAGAGUUUAUUAGGUGGUUUAAGGAAGGAUUAAGAAGAGGGUAUUUUGCUUUAUUCCCUUUUUCUGUUACGGGUAAAUAAUAUAUGGAGGUGCAAUGUAAUUUUUCGGCUUUAUAUAAUACUUACUAGUAUUUGAUGCAGCAA